GCCAUGAACACCUGCAAGUACAAUGGCGGAGUGGUGAGACCACUAGUGGGCAGCCUGGCGUCCUCGUCGCGCCGCAACCUCGCGGAGCUCGACUCAGAGACCCAGCCCUUGCAGACACUGCACAGCUCCGGACUGGAGGUGGUGGUGUCCAAGGGCAACGGCGGCGAAGACCCCAGUAAGGCAUCCAAUGAGAGCUUGGUCAGGGAGGGCAGCGGACGUAGUGGGGGCAGGGCGCCGCAGAAGAAGAACAGGGACAUUGGCUACAGGCUCGGCCACCGGAGAGCGCUGUUUGAGAAGCGGAAGCGACUCAGCGACUACGCACUCAUCUUUGGGAUGUUUGGGAUUGUUGUCAUGGUGACAGAGACGGAACUGUCAUGGGGGGUUUACACUAAGGAAUCUUCAUACUCAUUUGCACUGAAAUGCCUUAUCAGCCUUUCCACUGUUAUAUUGCUUGGUCUUAUAAUAAUGUACCAUGCCCGGGAAAUCCAGCUGUUUAUGGUCGACAAUGGUGCGGACGAUUGGAGGAUAGCCAUGACGUAUGAGCGGAUAUUCUUCAUCGUGCUGGAGCUGCUGGUGUGUGCCAUCCAUCCCAUCCCGGGCCAGUACGUCUUCACCUGGACGGCGCGGCUGGCCUUUACCUACACGCCGUCGGUGGCCGAUGCUGACGUGGACAUCAUCCUUUCCAUCCCCAUGUUCCUGAGACUCUACCUGAUAGGCAGGGUCAUGUUACUCCACAGCAAGCUGUUCACAGACGCUUCAUCUCGCAGCAUUGGCGCCCUCAACAAGAUCAACUUCAACACACGCUUUGUCAUGAAGACCCUCAUGACCAUCUGUCCAGGAACUGUUCUGCUGGUGUUCAGUAUAUCCUCCUGGAUCAUUGCUGCAUGGACUGUGCGCGUCUGUGAGAGGUAUCACGACAAACAAGAAGUGACCAGUAACUUCCUGGGAGCCAUGUGGCUCAUCUCGAUCACCUUCCUCUCCAUUGGGUAUGGGGACAUGGUACCACACACGUACUGUGGGAAAGGCGUGUGUCUGCUUACAGGGAUUAUGGGAGCUGGUUGCACUGCACUGGUGGUUGCAGUUGUAGCCAGGAAGCUGGAGCUGACCAAGGCUGAGAAACAUGUCCACAACUUCAUGAUGGACACGCAACUCUGCAAACGAGUAAAGAACACAGCUGCCAAUGUACUCAGGGAAACAUGGCUCAUCUACAAACACACUAAGUUGGUCAAGAAGAUAGAUCACGCCAAGGUGCGGAAACACCAGCGCAAGUUUCUUCAAGCCAUUCACCAACUGCGCAGUGUGAAGAUGGAGCAGAGGAAACUCAAUGAUCAGGCCAACACCUUGGUGGACCUGGCGAAGACCCAGAAUGUGAUGUAUGACCUGGUGUCAGAGCUGCAGGAGCGCAGUGAGGAGCUGGACAAGCGCAUCGGCACAUUGGAGGACAAGCUGGACUCGGUGACGGGCAGCCUGCAGGCGCUGCCCUGCCUCAUCUCCCAAGCCAUAACCCAGCAGCAGCAGGAAUUCCUGGACGGCUUUGUUCACCGCUUUCGGCCUGCCUCACUAGCCUCAGAGCGCUCUGAACGCUCUGAGCGAUCCUGGACUUCCACCGCCCGCAGGCGGCGCUCUCCCUCAACAGCACCACACACCUCCUCUGAUAGCGGAUAA